AUGGACGCUCAAGUGCGGCAGCUGAAGCUGGAGCACCUGAAACGCCGCGCCGCGGACGCGCUGCGGCGCGGCAACUUCCGGGACGCGUGCGAUGGGUAUACGGAAGCCCUUCGGCUGUGCCCGCCCGCGGACCGCGCCGCGCGGCGCGCGCUGCUCGCCAACCGCAGCGCGGCGCUCCUGGGCGCCGGCCGCGCUGCCGACGCGCUCCAAGACGCGCGCGGCACGGCGGCCGCCGCGCCCGGCUGGGCCAAGGCGCGCUGGCGCGAGGGCCGGGCGCUGGGGGCGCUGGGAAGGUGGCCGGAGGCGUGCCACGCCUACGCGCGCGCAUGGGACCUGUCUGGGGGCGACCCCGAGUGCGCCGCGGCUCUGCGCUCCGCCGCGGCGCGGCUGACGCGUCCGCAGCUCGCGGACUCCCUCCUGAGCCUGCUGCUGCCCGGAAGCUUCGGGGGCGACGGCGCCGAUGACGUCAGCGCCGGGGCCGCGCAGACCGUCGGGGCUUGCGGCGGCGGCGCGUCGGCGGCGGCGGCGGCGGUGGUGGAUUCUGAGGGGCGGCGGCUGGAGGGCGACGCGGCGGGCCUGAGGCGGGAGGCGGUGCGGGAGGCCAUGUUUUUGGAGGUGAAGGAGGAGGGGCCGGGUGAGUGA